AUGUUUGGAUCUGUUAUUCACAAGACUGGCACAGCCUCUAUUUAUUCUCAAUAUCACAAGGUCACAUCAGCAGAUGAUGACAUAUCGCAAGAAUUUAGUGGCAAUCAUGAGAACAGAGGGUUUUUCAAACACUUUCUGUCAAAAAGAUGGGCGAUAUGGGCAGUGGUUCUGCUACUAGGCUCUGCACUUAUCGUGAUUUGGGCGAUACAGGGCUUCAAUAAUGCAGAAGUCUUCCUUCCGAACCUCCAAACGGUUGUCAUCCAUUUCGAGGCAAACGACAUCUUUAUGGCUAUGCCAUCUCCCGAGAGCGAUGCGGCGUGGGAUAACUUGAUGCCAGAUGGCAGAGGUUUUGUUCUGGUGGAUGAUCCACAACAAUAUAAUCUGCGCGCAGGUAUCCCGACAGAUGGUGGCCCAGACCGAUAUGGAGUGUCCAUGUUCCACCAGCUGCACUGUCUUGGGCUCAUUCGUGAUGGAUAUUAUUCUGCGCUCAAUCAUCAAGAUCCAACCAUAAUAGGAAUCAAGACUUCCACGGACGAGUCAGCAUUGAGGCAUCACGGAGAGCAUAUUGGUCAUUGUUUCGACUACAUCCGCCAGGCUAUCAUGUGUAAUGCAGAUAUGACACUGGAGUGGGCUGAAGUGAGUCCCUCUGGUAAGGUCCUUGCCAGUGUUGAUGGAUGGGGGAUCCCUCAUACGUGUCGUAGUUGGGAUGAUGCUGUCGAGUGGACGUUGAAGCACAAGGCGCCGUCAACCAAUCAUACAGGAAUAAUAUGA